AUGUGUUCUACUUCGACGGCCUACAGUUCGCUUAGGGAAUCGGCGCUUGUCCCUGGAAACUGGGCUUUUUUUCCAGGCGGCGGUGGUGGUGUGGGAAUUCAAGGCGUUCAACUUGCAGUAGCUAUGGGACUACGUCCUGUUGUUAUUGACUCGGGGGAGCAGAAGAGAAAGCUUGCAUUAGAGCUUGGUGCAGAGGCUUUCCUGGACUUCAAAGAAAUCGACGACGUUGCAUCCGAGGUCAUUGCCAUUUGUGAUGGUAUUGGAGCGCAUGGUGUAUUUGUGACAGCGGGUGAAAGCUAUCCAACUGCACUAUCAUACCUCGGCAAUCGUGUGGGAGGAACGAUGAUGUGCAUUGCUCUUCCAACUGCAGGUUCACACCCAAUAUCAGUGAGUGGUGCCGAAUUGAUCAUGAAAAACAAGUCAAUCAAGGGGACGCUGGUGAGCAGCAUGGCAGAUGCAGAAAAGACACUAGAGUUUGCGAAACGGGGCAAAUUCCAUUUGAACCCAGAGAUUGUGGGAUUAUCCAGAUUAAACGAAUCUCUCCAGCGCCUCAAGAACGGUCAAGUUCCUAGGCGCAUGGUUUUUGACUUCAAUUUAGAAUGA